GAAUAGGUAGUAUUGGUCUAAGACUUCAUAAUUUAAGAAUAGGAGACACUUAACUAAAGCAAUGAGUACCUACCUAAGGAUCUAAGAACAGAAAUAAAGUAAGAGCAUAUUUAAUAAUUCAAUUUGAAACAGUAUUACCUCAAGUGUCCCAUAUCCUAGAGACACGUUGAAGAACUCAGCCCCGAAGCUAUUGCUAAACAGGAGAUUGGUGCCCCUUGCGCCUCUCUAUGGUUUUCCGAUACCUGUCGAUAUUAGAGAAUCCGAGAUUAGACUUCUAUAUCCUUCCAGCCGUGAUCUCUUUAGGAAUCACACCAAGGAUUUCGUUAAUACAUGAUAAGGAUUGGGUACCGCCUUACCCCUAGUCCCCGAAAGGGGAAAUAUGGGAUAUAAUCACGUGAUCGUACAGCUCCUCCAUAUAGGAAUAAUUGCCCGUUUGCGAAACGAAAUUGAUGAAUCUCUACCAUUCGUAUUCAUCUUAGUCUCUUAAACGAGUCUCAGCCCGAGACAACUUACAUCGAUUAUAUUUCAUCUUUCAGUUGGGGGACGUUCUCGAGUGCUAUCCCCUACGACCCUUGUUAUGUAAAGGAGGAGUUGACGCCUAAAAUACAUGUGAUCUAACAAAUGAGAAUGAGGCUGAGCCGGAGAUAGUAAACUACAACAUACCUCAUAAACUAUCACAUCUCCUAUUUCAGCAUAUUUUCUGGAACCUCAUGCCUCAUGGCAUUGGAUUAUUCUGCUGGAAAAGCCUCAACUACAUGGCAGGACGCGGUGCAGUCCUUUCUCUCAAGUCUUGGGCCCAGCGAACGGGCCGCUUUCCAGGUGCCGACAAGUCCGGAUGAUUGCAUGGCUGUUCUCCUAGCGACUCAGCGUCGCAAGAGCAAAUUGACGCGGCUCCUUGAACUGAUGAAGCCUGCGAUUGAGCCGCUUAAGCGAUUCGAGAGCGCGGUCGAUGUCAUCGUUCAGGUCAACGCAGGAAUCGCGUCCCCGAUAUGGGGUCCGCUGAGGAUUGUCAUAACGCUCUCCGCAGACCAUUUUCGUACACUAGAGAGCAUUGCCAUGAUCAUCCAUAGAAUCAUUAGCUCUCUGCAGAGAUUCUCCAAGUAUGAAGAGAUGUUCGAAAAGAACAGUCUUGUCCAAGACGCAAUAGGGGCGCUCUACUGCGACUAUAUAGACUUCUGCGUUAGGGUUACGAGAUUCUACUCGGCAUCGUCUUUCCGGACCCUCUUCGUCUCCUUCGAUAAGGACUUCCACGAUGUCGCUGAGAACAUCCAGCUUCAUAGCCAAAACGUAGACUGGGCAGCCCAUACUGCGCACAUAGAAGAAACACAGCGGGAGGCGGAGAACGCGAAAGCCGAAAGACGAGCACAUGAAAGAGGUAAUAUUCAGAGAUGGUUGUCGCCGUCGACUGUCGAUGAUGACCUCCAAAAACACUUGGAUGAUUGCAUAGCUCAGUCAUGCGACGGGUUAUUAGCCUCUCGGCAAUUUCAAUCAUUCAUCUCUUUGGAUGAUGAUGAUGAUAUAAGUAAACCUCCUAUCCUUGCAUUACAAGGGCUACCUGGGAGUGGGAAGACUACAGCAGCAGCAUUCAUCAUAGACCAACUGAAGAACGAAGGAUUCAAAGUGUUAUAUUUCUUCUUCAAAGCUAAUGAUGUAGAGAAGCGCACAUUGCUGAACUGCCUUCGAACACUGUUAUCUCAACUGAUCCGAUUAGAGGAGCAUCUCUACGAUCUUGUCGAACCGUUCUACCAAGAAAGUGGCAGAGUGGUAGCCGACUCAUUGGCCGAGGUACAGCGAGCUUUAUCGGCUGCACUCCAACGUUCGAAGGCAGCCCAAAUAUUCGUGGUUCUCGAUGCUCUCGAUGAGUCUUCAAAUAGUACAGAGGUUACGCAAUGGUUUACCACCUCUCAAGACAGUAGCGACGGGCCACAGCUCCGGAUACUUAUCACCUCUCGCCCUUCAUCAUUUUCAAGGUCUCCCGACUCGUCUUGGACGGUUCUCAAAAUGGGAAGCUUUGAGAGCGCGAGCGUCAACUCGUAUAUACUCUCCCGGGUUCAGAAAAAUCCAAUCAUCCGUGACACAAAAGUCGGGGCGCUGGUCGCAGACUACGUUACGUCGGCUACGAGGGGACUUUGGCUUUACGCUCGAUUGAUGAUGGAUGAUAUUGAUAGACUCCCUUCGGUCGGCCAAAUCCAGAAGCAGCUGAGUGUUCUUCCGAGAGGUUUCACCGAGUUAUACACGCAGAUAAUUAGGACGACAGAGGCCAACUACAAUGCGAUUGAAUUGAAGCUAGCCCAGCAGCUUCACCUGUGGGUUGAUACAGCAGAUUACCUUCCGGGUUUCUUAGUCUUGAGGGACGAUCGAAUUGGAUACGGGACGCUGGAACUAAUAUUUCAGUACGCUAACGAUGGUGAGGUACUCCAUGACCCAGCUGUACAAGCUAGUCGCGUGUCAGGCCCUCUCAUUGAAGUCUUCAACGACGAAACCAUAGAGCGAAUAGACUCGCAGGCUUACGAACUCGACUUCAUUCAUUACACAGCAGCCCAGUAUCUGAGCGAGAGCAACGAUUUACCGGCCGCGCAGCUACCGCUUACUCUACGCCCGCGGCGUCUUCGGCAUCUGCAUCGUACUGCCGUCGCGAUCUGGUAUUUCACAGAGUGCAAGCAGUCAGAAGAGAUGCUCCUGCAUCUACGGUGGAGCGAGGGGAGACCUGCACGCUCCUUAACGAGGUACUUCGAAAUGGCAUACGGACUUUGGAAUGCCCUUCAUCUAGUCGAGUUUCCCGAGAUUCAAGACGAUCAAGAGGCAGCCGAGGCGGAGAGUUUACUGCAAAAACUAAUAGAGUUCAUCUCAACGCCAGCAUGUUUACGCUGGGUCGAGUGCGCCAUGAUCAUCAAUUAUAAGGGAAAGUUUCCGCAUCUGUUAUGGAAUGCUGUCAAAGGUUGGGAAGCGGGUAAGGAUAACGAAAACCACCAGUUUGCACCAUACCAAGCUUUCUCCAAGUCCCGGGUGCAUUUCUUCCAAAACUACGUCCACGUCUUAGCGUUGACGGGCGUAGGGGCGGAAUCUGCUCCUCGUGAGCUUUUAGAUUCUGCGAAAAACGGACUCUUACGGGAUGAAGUUGCACAUGAGAUUUUUCGUCUAGGGGAGCAAUGGCGACGGCUUGCAUUUCCUGGUUAUAACUAGGUAGGACUUGGAUAUCCGCCGAUUAUCGCAAGGCAUCGAUAAUUUAGAUUAGGUUAUGCUAUUUUCAACGUUUUUUAUGCUUAGUAUAUUCUGUGGAUUUCGGGCCCGGUAAGUCUCCCUUAGAGGUAGAUCACGGAUAAAGGGGCUAUUGGUACGGCUCGGUUAUUCAUUGUGGUCGAUAUGGGGUAGAAUGAAGGAGAAUACUGUACCUAAGUCGAAGUUCAAAGGAAGGAAACGUGCUAUCUUGUUGUUGAACAAAGACGUGGACUACCUUCGCGCAUGGUCGCAAGGUAACGUGCGGUAUUAUACAUAGACGAAACAUGAAAGACCGCUUAAAGGUGCAUUGAUG